GGGGCUGCCCUGGAAGGCUGUUUGGAAAUGGCAACUGGCACAGAAUGCAGCAGCUAGCUGUUGUUAUUCACUAAUGCAUUGUUAUUGUUAUUUGUUUACCUGCUUAGGGUGGUUUGGGCAGCUACGGCUUUCUCUAGCCUGAGGACAGAGACAUGCUCACUGUUGCACUGGUCCCAGUACGUCUCCGCCUCUCUCUUCUGAAAACAAGGGGGCACAAGGCACUAGUGGAGCCCCGACCCUUUUUACUGUAAAACCGGUGGGAGCUGCUUGAGUGCAUUCUUUUUUUUAAAAAAAAAAUCGGCUUCAAAGACACUUUGCAACUGAUUGGCAGAUCAACCCAUUCUCCUUUCUGGGUAUAGCUAAUGGAAAAGCUUUGAUUUGGCGACCAGCGUGAUUGCAGCUUGGAAGUGGACAGUGAUUCUUGCCCAGAACUCCAUGGGUUUGACGCUUGGACACCACCCCUGUCGUUUGGAGCCCCUGGACCCCUCCUAACAAAUGCCCUUGCCUAAAGGGCGAAGGCCACCCUUUCUCCCGCCGCAGAGCCGCCAUGAAGCUGCUGGUGGCCAAGCUGCUGUGCCUAGUGGGCGUCUUCGGGCUGAUGCUGGGCGGCACCCUCCUGCCUGUCAGGUUCAUCGACACCGACUACGAGAAGGCCGAGCGCUCCAAGAGGAUCAUCAGCCUUUGCAACUCCUUUGCCGGGGGGGUCUUCCUGGCCACCUGCUUUAACGCCCUCCUUCCCGCCGUGCGAGAGAAGCUCGCAGAAGUUCUGAAACUGGGCAACGUGGAAACCGACUACCCCUUGGCGGAGACGAUUAUGCUGAUGGGAUUUUUCAUGACGGUCUUUGUGGAGCAACUGGUCCUGACCUUCCGGAAGGAGAAGCCUCCCUUCAUUGACCUGGAGACCUUCAAUGCCGGCUCAGAUGCUGGCAGUGACUCUGAGUACGAGAGCCCCUUCAUCGAGUCGCCGUCCUGGGGGCGCAACCACCACCACCACCACGGGGAGCACGCCCACACCAGCCACAGCCAGUGCGGCCUGAACGUCCACGAGCUCUCGCGCUCCACCCCGCUGCGCCUCUUCAGCCUGGUCUUCGCCUUGUCUGCGCACUCCAUCUUCGAGGGCCUGGCCCUGGGCCUGCAGGAAGAGGGCCACAAAGUCAUGAGCCUCUUCCUGGGCGUGGCCAUCCACGAGACGCUGGUGGCCGUGGCCCUGGGCAUCACCAUGGCCAAGACCGGGCUGACGCUGAAAGAGGCUGCCAAGCUGGCCGUGGCCGUUAGCCUGAUGAUCCCGCUGGGCAUCGCCAUCGGCAUGGGCAUCGAGAGUCGGCACAGCGUGGCCAGCGCCGUGGCCUCUGUCCUCCUGCAAGGGAUUGCCAGCGGCACCUUCCUCUUCGUCACCUUCUUUGAGAUCCUGGCCAAGGAGCUGGAAGACAAGAGCAACCAUCUCCUCAAGGUCCUCUUCCUGGUCUUGGGCUACACCGUUCUGGCGGGCCUCGUCUUCUUCAAGUGGUGAAGCGCCGGGGCGCCUCCCUUUCCUUGAGGCUCAAGGAGAAAACUGGACACUUCCCCCCCCUUACACACCCCUCUCUCUCUCUUGGCAUCAGGGAGGCACGAGCAGCUCAGCCGCCUUUGGGCUCGGCGUUCAUUUCAUCCCGUUGUCCCAGGCCGUGGGGAAAACAGAGAAGAGCAAAAGGAUCAAUACACUUUGGGGCUGGUGGGGGCGGCCAGUCUCCUCCCAGGAAGUCAGAGGUGCCCGUUGCUCUGCGAUAAAAGACAAGCGUCCUUUUUAAGUUUUGUACCUGACCCGUUUGAUCUGUUCCCUGUUUUGUUUUGAUUUGGGUGGUUUUUUUUCCUGGCAGAGCUCUUGUUUACUGACAGCUAAUCCGUCCUGGUCUUCACGGUCACUGCCGUUUAAGGAAACCUAAAAAGGAAGGCUUUCUAUCUAGUUCCCCCCCACACUUACGUUCCUUGUGACUGCAGUAAAAGGCGUGUAGUAGCUGGGAGGCCUUGUAACCCCGUCCUUUUGGGGAGACUUGGCUGUACAAAGUUGCCGUCCAGAGCGCCUGCUUUUUAUAGUCACUGCUGGAAGUACGUCUGCAGUUUUCCUGCUGCUAAUAUUGUGAACACAAAACACUGCUAGUAUGUGAAAAAUUGUUGGCCUUUUUUAAAAUGUUUAUUUCCAUGGGGGCCCAUUCCCAGGAGGACUCUUGCAGACCCACUUGGCUCUUCUCAAAGAGGGAGUCUGAAUUCGCUGGUCGUGGCCUCGUCCAGCAAAGCCUUGCCUACUUGAUUGCUUCAGGCUAUGUGUUGAUUUGCCCAGAAGCCAGAAUUCACAGUAUUCUUCCAAAAUGAUUUUUUUUUUUUUUGCUUUGAGAUUUGCCUCGCCACGGUUGAUACCAGGAUCGCCCGCAGAGAAGCUGCCUGCUAAAACUACCUUGGAACACAGUUCUGCUUUCUUAAUCUGACGUGUCCAACAUGCCGAACUUCCUUCUCCGUGAGUGAGAGAGAGAUGCAAGCCUUUUAACACCUGAGCAUCUCUCGGUCAAGAUAACCCACUUCAGGAGCGCCUGGGUUGCGAUGUCCUCUUUAAUCUGUCACGACUGUUAGAGAACAGCCCAGGGUGCGUGUGUGGUGUUCCGGGAUGAGCCCUUUGCGAGCACAGGAGUUAUGACAGGCUUCUCCACAAGCACCUCUCUGUCGGCAGAGACCCUUUUAACCAGCAGAGAACUCACAUGUUCACUGAAGAGGAAGGAGAGUUGUGGAUCCGUGUCCAGCCCACAGUGAGGAAAGCAGGCUCUGAUCAGGCCAACCGUACCAACUUCAGUUCUAAACAUUCGAAGGCUUUUUCCUGGUAGGGAGUGGUUCCUUUUUCUUUAUUUUUUCUUAAUCUGCCCAUUGUCUUUCUUACUCUUCUUCUUUUCCCGCCCCACUCCUCAGAGGAGGAGUCAGCGGAUCGAGCCAGUUUCGCUCUCCGCUGCUUUGAGGGGGUAACUCGGAGUGGUCUGAAGCCGUAGGGACGGCGAGGCACAGUUAUCAGCAACAGAAGCUUGGGCUGUCUUCCAGAAGCGCCUCCCAGGUCACCUCGAGUCCGUUCCUUUCUCUCAGCAAACAUUUCUGCGGGAGCAGAGUUACUAUGGGUUUGGAGAUGGGGACUCUCUUUCUGGUGCGCAAAUUUGGGGGACGGUUCUCAGCCCCUUGCCUGAAAACAGGGAGAGGGGCGGCAGAGCAGCUUGCCUUCUGCGCUAGCAAGAGCCCUUUUUUGUUGUGUCCCCCCCCCCGCCGUGUCCCUUUUCCCCUGGCUUUUAACGGGAUAGGGAGACACUCCGGUACGGAGGCAGCUGUCCCUUGGCACCUUCUCCAGCCGGCCUGGAGAGGAAGUGUCAGAGGUGACCCGGGAGAUCGCUCUCCCUGUGACGGCGUAGCAAAAGACAGGCUCUGCUGGUCUGGCAGCCCCACCCCGCUGCGCCCCAGAGUUUUAACAAAACCAGGCCCCCACGAAAGAGUGAUAGAAGAAAGAAUUGGGGGGGUCCCUUCUCCUCUGGUCCCCUCCAGGUCCCUCCCUCACUGCUGGCUCCUUUUCCAGCUUCUCUGGCUCUCUUUCCCUGUGAUAUCUUUCGGGAAGGAGGCAGCACUCAGCUUCUCCCCAAAGCUCAGCGCUCCAGGCUCCUUGACUGCAGCCCGACCGUCUCCAGCUUCACCAAAGGCCUCCCCUCCCUUCCUGCUCCGGAUCUCUAUUCUUUCUGGGAGGCUCUCCUGCCGUUGCUUCCCAGCUGGCUGGUCCCUGGAUCUGAGAAGAGGCAGGCCGCGCACACGCGAUACAUUUGGGAGCACGUCACUUCCCCCACGCUUGGGGAUGCCAGCUUACCCACACACACAGCCACCGUUCCCAGCUCCUUCGAACAAACUACGGUUCCCGAGAUUCUCUUAAGGGGGUGAAACAUGCUUUCAGCGUACAGUGCGCCUGCAGCUUCGGGGCUUGAUCUGGAAAAUGCGGGAGGCGGGGAUAAUGGAAGCAAGAGCGCACCAGAGAAACCCAGGCAAGCAGAGGUGGGCUUCCAGAGGAAAGGGAGCGUGUUCAUUCGAUUGCAGCACGUUCGUUGCGUCCACUGAAACGUUCCCUUGGCACCUUCUCGAGGGACGCCUCCUUCGCUUCGUUCUGCCGCUCACCCCCCCUCCGGUUUGGAACCAGCGCACAAAACACACGCUUGUGAAUCGUAGGGUUCGUCCUAGCCCGUUAGUCCCAGGGAUGGAUGGAAGCGAUUGUGUAAUAGGUGGAACUGGAAAUAUCAUCUGUCUCUUUCUCGAGGAGCCUACAGCCCAGCACACUGGCUUUCCUUGCCCCAUUCUCUCCCCUCCGUCGACGGAGCCUUUCUUGUCAACUGCCCUGAUGGAGUUUGCCUUUGCAGUCUCUCUCUGAACAUCUCUCUGAACAUUGCCCUUCUAGAGGCUGGCAUCUCAAGGUCUGCUCUGCUCACUCCGGCCAGAGAAGCAAGUGCUUUCCGUGCAUCUUGCAAAGGGGCCUCUCCCACCAACGGACCCGGUUUGCAAGCCGCCAUCUUUGCUGGGAUCCAGAUUUGUUCCUUGGCGUUCCCUGCGGGGAAAGAGGAACCUGGGAGAAGCCUCUUUUUUGGCAGUAACGUCAGGGAAACGCUAUCUGCGCAGAGAGCUUGUGGCCUGUCUCAGAGCCUGACGUGUUGGCUCUGGGUUUUUAAAAAUCAAACACGUCUCCUUUCCCACAGACUUUGAUUUACCAUGGAGAGAAUUGUGCGCAAGUGUUUCAUUACAUUUCUGCUCUUGGGGGUAAGGAUUUUAUUUUGUUCUGUUCUUCCCUGAAAUCCGUCUGACCUAAGUGUCAUCCGCGCUGUGCUAAAAAAAAAUGUACCAGCCUUUUAGUAGGCCAGUAUUUGAAUAAAACUGCCUCUUCAUUUUU